ACUGUAAAUCGCUUUGGAUACAAACAACUGCCAAAUGAACUGAUGUAGAUGAAUAUUUUAUUUGUUGAAGACACAGUAGCACAAACCAUGACUUUCUAACAACAUUCAGAAGGCUAUGCAAGUAUUUCGCAAUAAUAAUAAUAAUAAUUAGUAAAUCAGUAUACACUUAUCCAUCACUACACAUAUGAACGUACAAUUGCAAAGGGAUAUUAGAAUAAAGAAUUAAACUUAAAUAAUAAAAAAAAAUCAGUAAAAAAAAAGUGUCAAACAGGAAGAUUCACGCAUGUAUUGUCUUGGAUCUCCACGUUUUCAGGAUAGCAACCGAAGCGACGCUCUCGCCUUCUUCAAGUUGAUUGGCCAAUCCUCACGCCCGUCACUACGCCUCUGACCAAUCCGCUGUCUCCAUUCAUGCGCACCAUUGGAGCCGCGUUUCCCCUUCGCUGGUUUCCCAGAACUCGGCCCCGCCUACGAGCUCACGUUAUUCGCCUCAUGCUCGCCUAGCGACCGUCAUAUUGGCUGUCAAGAAAGAAGGAAGACACCACCGAUAGACGAAGGCUCAAAAAAAUCUGGCCCUGGAUCAAACGGGCAUUGCAGAGCGCCACAAUUAUAUACAAUUAAAAAAAAAAGUUUUUCCUCGUGUACGUGUUACAAAAACACGGACCUCGGGAAUGCCCAGUCGAGAUCUCGCGCGUUAUAACCGCCUCGGGAAAGCUUCUGCACAAGAGCUCCGAGUCUGACAUCUUUACAUAGCCAUUUUUUUUCUUUCUUUUUUUUUUUUUUUUUUUUUUUUUUUAACAGACAAAAGAGGGCUACGGACCCGCCGACCGAGCUGUCCGAGGGCCUCGUCUCCAAUCUAUGGAAAAAGUGGAAAGGAUGUGGAGCAACCUUAGAAGCAGAUGUCAAACCUUCUUUAACACUAGUGACUCAGAAGCAAGUGUAUGGAAUAUGGACAUGGAUCGCGUCCACUGUGUGAUGGACAUAGGUACACCUUCUCAUGGAGUACACACAGGUGAGGAUGAUCAGGGCCCUGCUCCUUCACAGGUUACUUUAGGAGGCGGGGGACAUAGAGGCCACAACUGCGUGGCAGAUAGUCCCCAAUUUGUUGAGAUCACAAUUGACAAAGAAAGUGAGGAUACACGAAGGGUCCCACUUGUGCGUAGAGAUUCUUAUUCCCGGCAUGCUCCUUGGGGAGGUAAGAAGAAACACUCUUGCUCCACUAAGACACAGAGCUCCCUGGAGGGAGACAGGCGGACAGGACGAUCGAGAGGCGGCUCGAGCAGGCGGGAACGUUGCUAUGGGUCCAGCUCCAUCCAAGAAGUGGGUGAUUCUGGAGGAGGGGGCAGUGGGCGGAGCUUAAGCGCUCGCUCUGUCCGGCAGCGGCUGAAGGACACUGUAGGCUUAUGCUUGCCCCUGCCAUCACCCCACCGCCUUCGGUCGACCAAGAGCCAGGUUUCCUCCAAGCGCAAGAUCCACAUAACAGAGCUGAUGCUGGAAACUUGCCCGUUUCCACCGGGCUCCGAUCUGGCCAACAAGUGGCAUCUCAUCAAGCAGCACACAGCACCAGUCAGCCCACAUUCCUCCACUGCAAUGCUGGACGCUUUUGACUCAACACGUCCCUCCCCAGAGGAUGAGGAGGAGAGACUCCGUGAACGACGUAGAUUAAGUAUAGAGGAAGGUGUUGAUCCUCCUCCAAAUGCACGGAUUCACACACUGGAGGCCACAUCACAGAGAGCUACAGUUUAUAAACUGGGACCAAAGAUGGCCCCCUGUUCUGGAGAAGGACAUGGGGAGGUCAAAAAUUCGGGGGCUGGAACAGUGGGUUUGUCCGGGAUAAUGGCCCAAGUUGGGGCGAGCAUGGCAGUGCCAUCCCAGCCUGUUGACUGUGAUUCUGAGGAGGACUCGACCACUCUGUGUUUACAGGCACGGAGGCCUAAGCAAAGACAUGCUUCUGGAGAUGGGCAUUCCUCCAAACAGCAAGGACCCUGGAAGGUUCACACACAGAUUGAUUUUAUCCAUUGCUUGGUGCCUGAUCUACUGGCCAUCACAGCACUUCCUUGCUACUGGGGAGUAAUGGAUCGCUACCAGGCAGAGGCACUGUUGGAUGGCCGACCAGAGGGCACCUUUCUACUACGUGACUCUGCCCAGGAGGACUAUUUAUUUUCUGUCAGUUUCCGCAGAUACAACCGUUCUUUGCACGCACGCAUUGAACAGUGGAACCACAAUUUUAGCUUUGAUGCACAUGACCCCUGUGUCUUCCACUCUUCAACAGUCACAGGUUUGUUGGAGCAUUACAAAGACCCAAGCUCCUGUAUGUUUUUUGAGCCAUUGCUCACAGUCCCCCUACACAGGACCUUUCCUUUCAGCCUGCAGCAUCUGGCGCGUUCUGCCAUCUGCAGUCAGACCACCUAUGAUGGCAUUGGUGCCCUGCCACUGCCACCAGCUAUGCAGGAUUUCCUCAAGGAGUAUCACUAUAAACAGAAAGUGCGUGUUCGCUGGCUAGAAAGAGAACCACCUUUCAAGGUUAAAUAAGCCCAGGCUCUAAGGCUAAUAUAGGCAUGAUCGUUGAAGGCAAGAGAUUCUGCCAAUAGUGUUGGAUCAGAUCAACAGCAAGAUUUAGGCAUAUGGCAUAUGUACAUUUUUUUUUAUAGUAAAUACUUUGAAUAUGUGGUUGGUAAUAAAUCAGUAUGUGCUAUCUGACAAACAUGUUUAUUUGCUGAUCAGGACUGGAUUGAAAUGGUUUAUUCCUCACUGCUCAGUUUCUUUGAUGAUGGCUAACGGAUAUGCUUCAGCCUGCCUGCUAAAAUGUCUGCAUACUGCUACAUUCUCUCUCCCAUUUUACCUUAUAAUGGUCCCAGGACAUUUACUAUUAAAAUGGAAAAACAACCGAGAUAAAUGCUCUUUUUUUAAUUUUUUUUUAAGCGUGCUAAGUCAUAAAGUUACAUUCCUUAAAACUAAUAUUUAGACGUAUAGAACAAGAUUCAUUACAUUAAUCAUGGUUAAUUUACCAGCAACAAAACCAUAACCUUAUAGACAGUCAGGUUUUAUGAGGCAGAGUUAACACUGGUCAGCAACUUUUAACACUGGGCUUGUCUCUUUAAUGCCUAGUACAAAAGUACCACGCAAAGAGAAGGAAAUUACCAGCAAGAAAUAUUUCCUGUUAUCCACCAGCUAAACAGAGAGGACUUCGAAAUACACAGACAUGUGUGAUGUGCUAUAUGGCAGAGGCUGCAUUGUCAACUCUCAUCACAAUCACCAUAUAAAAUAGCCCAUUGCUGUGUUUCUUUUUGUGAGUAAGGGGCAAACAGGCACCUUUUGAGCAUGUUCAAUUUAGACAUGUGCAGUAUCAGAUCAUGAGUGUUAUUACUUCAACCCUACAUGGGUUCAUAAGAGUCUGUCACUGUCUACUCCCAAACUGUAUACUGGUGGUCUGUGUUUCACACUGAUCUACGUUGUCUAGUUAGUCCUUUUUUAAAUUGUUAAAUUUGUCUGUGGUUUUAUGGGGAAGAAAUAAGUUAUAUUUGAGGCUUGUACCUUCACCUCACUAUGACUGUCUUCACUGUAGACACAGCAUAUAAAGAUGCCAUUUGUACACUUUGUUAUUAGUAUUAAUGACCUGUUUUUUUCUUAUCAAUUGUGGUUAGUUCCAAUUACAUUGCACUUUUACCCAUUGUGGAGCAUAUUACUUCAGUAUGCUUCCUGUCAUAUUUUUGUGUGCACUAAAGAGUGAUAUUCAUGUAACACUGUAACAAAUUAUGGCUUAGCUAACUCUUUUAAUCAUAUAGCCUAAGGGCGCUUUCACAACUAAUAGUCUGUUUGCUGAGUCCAAAUUAGCGUGAAUUUGAUACAUUUUGUUCGUUUCACAAUGCACAUAAGUGAACUGACCCCAAAUGCAAAAACAUUUUGGCUGAGGGGCAUGUAUGUCUGAAAAGUUACUUGUAAAACUCAUUCAUUCAUUGGUCAGAAAUACACAAGUGCAUGUACGAAUCACAAAAAUCACACGAGCAUGGAGAACACUGAGACGGAGCUAAAUAAACAGUUAGCUAAUUAUACAAAUAACAUUUUGUCUGUCACAUCCAGCAUUAGCAGCUUGCAUCUGCAAAAACAAAAUGUUACCCGCAACCCAUAAUACACAGCAUGUUUGGUUUUCUUCCUGCAGUCGGGUCCAUUCAGGGUUUCUCACUGCAGUCAAAACGUACUAGAGUUCAUUGGAAACAGACUGAGACCGCCUAACUCAGUUGGUGUCAGACAGGUUGUUCUGGUCCAAACCUGAGUGUGAUUGCUGUGGUCUCACUCUCACUGCCUAAGUGAACCUUACAGAGGGGGACAAUACACUAGUGCUCAAUUGAAACAGACUAAAUGCUGUGUUACGUGAAAGCAUCCUUAGAUUAAAUAGUUGGAAAGUUUAACGAAUAUUUUUGAUACAGGACAAAUAUAGGCCAACCUAAAGUCAAGUCUUCAGUUUAGUGUUUUAAGAGUUAGGUAGUAUAUUAAUAUGGAAAGCUGCUCAGGUCAACUCAGAGUUUAUCUUAUGCAUAAUACUGUGCUACAAUAGAAGUGAUUGGUUAGUGUUUGUGUUUUUGAGGAUCAUCGACCAAAGUUGUGUUUGUGAGCUUUACCUGGCUGUAUUUGAGAGGUUUCCAACAUGUCUCGCUAAUAUUUUAACCAAUGCAACGUUUCCAAACUGGGUAAAUUUGUUGUAAGUAAUAUGCUUUUAUUGCAUUUGGAAGUGUCUGCAGGAACCUGAUUUAUGGAUGAAAAAAAAAACAGGAUUUAAGGCCUUUAUAUCUUCCCUAUUUACACUUUCAAUGACUGACCUCAGUGACUCCACACACACACAAAAAAAUCUGUUAGAGUUGUGUUGUGUGUGCUGAAAAUUAGGAGGACUGUAAUUUAAUAAGGUGUUGAUUUAUUUCAAGUUAGUCCCUAAAUUCUUAAUGACAACUUGUGCCUUAUUCCUUCCGUCUCCUGCUUUCACACUCAGGUUUUGUACUUUAGAACGAUGUGGCCUGAUCAUACAGACACAUGGGUCUUUCUGUGCUACCACUCAGCAAAUGAGCCUCUCCUGGCAGCGUUGCACCCUGCCCUGCCCUACAGGCACUAAUCACAGACUAAAUUUACUAACCUAGCCUCUAAAUUUACCACCUGCUAAAAGGACCAGUCUGUGUUUCUUGAUGGGCUCUAUGAAAAUAUAGAGUAGAGGGACUUUUUUUUUUCCUUCCUCCCCAGUCCAACCACAUCCUCAGCAUCACCGUCUUUUUCGGAUAUGUUGAGCUGAAAGCAGAAAUGCUGUUGUUUGUGUAGUCUGCCUGGCUUCCACACUGUUUGGGCGCUAUGCUAAAGUUAGCAUUAGCAAGAGGCUAACACAGGGCUCCAUUGAAACAUUUUGAGCACCCUGUUGUCUUGCUGUUGGCAGCAGGGUGGAGUUUAAAACCUCAAUUAGCCAUUAUUUGGUUAAGGGUUGAAACAGUAUGUUUAAUGGCCAGUGGCCAUUGGAUAUUUGGGUCACUCCUUGUCUUCAGGCAUUGUUAGCUGAUUUUGAAAUAGUCUAAGAUGGUGAGCCGAGGUGACACAAAGUUUUUUUUUUUUUUUUUUUAAAGUCACUUUUAAAGUGUGCCUCGAAAUUAUGAUCUAAAACUGUGGGGUUUUCUGUAUCGAAUGACUCGUAUAAUCUGAAAGCAGCUUCUCUGUACUGGAGAAACUGUUCAUACACUUUGUUCCCUAUGGGAAAGUUGCAUGUGUCAGACAUAGCAGUGCCACAUGUUGCCCAUAUGAACUGUAAAGCAGGCUCUGUGCCAUGAUUACAGAAAAAUAAGGGACGUCGGCUCUCUGCUUUCUUCACAAACAUGCUUAUAUAAUGUUCUGUUUUGCCCUAUAAAGUGAGGCCUAGAUGUUUUUGUUGGUAUGAGAUUUAAAGAUUUAUUAAGAAGAAUAACUUUUAAGAUUGACUAUGAGCCUUCAGUACUACGUAGAGGAGGAACAUGGUCUCCAGAAAGUCUCAGCCAACCCUAACCUUUGAUCUUAGAUUAACUUUAGCUUGGCUUUAUAUUAUAUGUGUUUGUGUGUAUGUAUGUAUGUAUGUAUAUGUGUGUAUAUAUAUGUAUGUAUGUAUAUGUGUGUAUAUAUAUGUAUAUAUGUAUGUGUGUGUAUAUAUAUAUAUAU